AUGGCUGAUAACCUAGCUAUCUCUGAUGAUGGCAAACUCGAAGGGGACAGGCAGGCAACUCCUGAAUGGAAGUGGGAAGACGACCCAUCAAAUCCAUACAACUGGCCCUCGUGGAAAAAGAACGUGCAACUUGCAAUGAUAUCUAUUGUAGGCUUUACUUGUUCUGUUGGCACCUCGAUUGUCAGCCCAGCUCGUUCACAGUUCAUGGACGAAUUUAAGAUCUCAAGCACAGCUGCCUUCUUGCCGCUAUCAUUAUAUGUCCUUGCACUAGGACUUGGUCCCGUACUCGGCGGGCCCUUAUCGGAAUCGGCCGGUAGACAGGCUGUCCAUAUUGUCGCCGUAGUCUUUGGCGGUCUUUUCGCCCUGGGCGCAGGAUUCACAGAAACCUUUGCCGGGCUGUGCAUACUCAGAUUUUUGUCUGGGUUCUUCUACGGGCCUGUUUUGGCCGUAGGCUCUGGUGUCUUGAAUGAAACGUACCUGCCUGUUGAGAGGGGGUUACCAUCAACAAUUUUUAUCCUGAGUCCGUUUCUGGGACCUGGCCUCGGUUGA